AUGAAGGUAUGGUUUUCUAAUCGCCGAGCAAAGUGGAGACGGGAAGAAAAACUUCGUACGCAACGUCGUUCCGUUGAUCAUGUAUCUAAUAAUGAAAGAAGCAGUAGUAGAAAUCCAACUACAAUGAGCAAUAAUAACCAAGAAAAUUCUAGUCAUACACCAAAUGUAACAAAUAAUGUAACAGAAAAUUCAAAUGGUGCUGGCUCCACAAUUCAAAGUAAUGGAGCGGGAGCAAUUCUAGUUGAAGGCGCUCACACAACAUCUAUAAGUCCACCUCUUCAAGCCGUAGCACCACGAUUGCCACUGAAUACAGGUUUCAAUUCAAUGUAUUCUUCAAUACCUCAACCCAUUGCGACAAUUGCAGAAAACUACAAUUCUAUGACAACGUCAUUGGGUUCAAUGACGUCCACAUGUCUUCAACAACGUGAUAGUUAUCCAUACAUGUUUCAUGAUCCACUUGCGUUAAGUUCUCCUUAUGCGACACAUACACGAACAUCAUGCAAUCCAGCAGCAGCACAUCAGCAACCCCCUCAACAUGUUUACGGAAGUAAUAGUGUCACUGGAACUACAGGAAAUACAGGUGUUAUAUCAGCUGGAGUCUCUGUCCCGGUACAAAUACCAACACAAAGUGCCAGUGACUUAGCAGGCUCAAAUUAUUGGCCACGAAUUCAGUGAUCUACAAUUUUCGAUUUAACACCACAACCAUUCACCAAGGGAGCUGCACAGCAGAUAGAUUCAAUUUCCGAAAUUAUUCCUAACGGAAAAUCCAAAGUAAUAGGAAACACGAACACGUCGCUAGACACGAUAUCAAAACCUUUUAAAUUGAAUAUUUCACCGCUUUUACCUGUAGUUAUAACAAAUCAUAAUCUGCAAGCUCAUCAUCAUAAAAAUUUUUUAUAAUGUCAAUCAUAAAAGAAAGACCCCACCUGCCGAACUAGAACACUUCAUAGCCCACCACAAACUUAUACUCAACGCAACGCAAAUGAUUAAACGCACAAUAAAUCUCGCAAUAAAAAUUGAAUUCUUAUUUAAGCCGCCGCGGAAACAGUAUCAGUUAAAUUACAACAAAUUCACUUUGUAUAAUUUUAAUUUCUUAUAAUAUUAUUAAGUAAA